AUGACAACCAACGAUGACAAAAUUGAAUGGUAUCGCCUUGAAGAUCUUGAUCCUGAGGAUAUUGAUGACGAAGAUGGUGAUAUGAUUAUUGAACAGCGCUUAGAAGUUUAUAACGAGGCUGCCCUCGAACGCAUUUCAGACGACAUCAAAUUACAAGAUUUACCUUGGAUUGAGACGCUGACAGUUGUUUCAAAAGAACCUAUUAAUGUUCCAGACGUAUUUGAUGAUCUAAAAAGAGAAGAAGCAUUUUACAAACAAGCACUAGAGGCAGCUUAUAUGGCUAAAGAAAAACUAAAAGAAGAAGGUGCACCAUUUUUAGUACCAGAGGACUUUAUUGCGCCCAUGUUGAAGAAUGAUGAACAUAUGGAAGAGGUCUAUCAAAAAUUAGUAGAGGAAGCUAAAAGUGGGAAUGAAGAUGCAUUAUACAAACUGCAUGCUUUUGAGAGACAACGAAAGAAGUCUGGAAACAUGAAUGAAAGACAGAAGCUAUUGAACAGAAAACGAAAAGAAGGAAAAGAAGAAAAGGACUUUAAAGAUGAUGAGUUUGACUUGGAUGAAGCAGAAAGCGUAGUAGCUGAAUUAGCAAAAGACGGCAAAAAGAAGAUACCAAAAUAUGCUACAAAGGAUGCCAGAGACGCUGUAUAUUCUUUGGGUAAAAGAAAUAGACAAGCAAAUCAAGACGAUAGACCAAAUCCUGCAAAGAAGGGUAUGUCUCUUCGUAAAAAGAGUAGUUUAAAGCGUCCAGGAAAAGCAAGACGUCAAAAGCUACGAAAUAAACAAAAAUAA